AAAUAAACCUAUCCUGCCAUGCUCUCCUACACUGUCACACACGGGGUCUUCAUUCGCUCAAGAGACACACUUCAGGAUUGCUCCUCCUUUCCAACUUCUGUCCCAGGAUGUCUGCAGUGCGCUGCCCACAUUUUACCUCCAGAAAGUCCUCCCAUUCAGCCUCCCUACUACUUCUCCUUCUGCUUGCUGGGCCUUACAGCACAAUAGCUCUUGGUCCUGGUAGAGGAAGGGCAGGGCUGGAGGGACAAGCGAGGGCUGAAGGUAGGGUUAGAUCUGGAGUAAAGGACAAAGGCGGGGACAGGGCAAGUAUUGAGGGCAACAUUGAAACUGGAUUUGGAGAUCCUCCUGUUUCUAGACUAGGAGCUGCAGCCGAUGAUGAUGAUGAUGAAGUGUGGGGGGACCCUGGCACUCCCACUGGCUUCCGGUCCACUUUUUCUAUAGGUGAAAGCGGACUGUGGGAGCCCCGCAGUUCCUCUCGCUGUGUCCCUAUCCCAUCAGGCAUGGCCUUGUGCCAAAACAUCGGUUAUGACACCAUGAGGAUGCCCAACCUGCUGGGUCACGAGUCUCCAGCAGAGGCUGUACAACAGAGUGCCAGCUGGUUGCCCCUACUUGCAAGAGAGUGCCACCCUGAUGCCCGCAUCUUCCUCUGCUCCCUCUUUGCACCCAUCUGCCUCGACAGGUUUAUAUCACCCUGCAGGAGUUUGUGCGAAUCUGUACGGGACAGUUGUGCACCAAUCAUGAGCUGUUAUGGCUACCCUUGGCCAGAAAUCCUGCGCUGUGACCAGUAUCCUGCAGACCAUCUCAUGUGUAUCUCCUCAAUCACCAACAGCACUGUUCACAGAGGGGGGCGUAGAGUGCCCCAGGCAAGCUGCAGAGAUUGUGAGCUGGAGGAUGCCUCUUCUUCAAAAGAUAUACUGGAGACCUUUUGUAGGAGUGAUUUUGUUGUGAAACUGCGUCUAACUCGGCUCAAGCAUAGCCCAGUGAGUCUGUCUCAGUUCUCUCUCGCUGACAAACUAGACAUUCUGAAGCACGGACCCCUGUUGGGUGGGCAGAUCCGUUCCCGCAUCGAACUGUGGCUGGAGAGGGAUGCCACCUGCGUAAGGAACAUGACGCGGCAGCAUCCACGAGGCGGGACCUUCCUAGUGACAGGCACAGUGCAGGGGGAGCGCCUGGUGGUCAACAAGGCUUAUGCCUGGCAGAGACUGGACAAGAACCUGAUGGCGGCAGCACGCAAAUGGAAACACCACAGAUGCAGGAGCUAGGAUUACGUUAGGAAAUCCAAAAGAACUGAGAUGUGAAACAAACAUUAAACAGCUAUGCAUAGGGAAAGAAUAGACAUAGCAUUUAGAAUUUGACUAAAUACCUACAACUGUAAAUUAUGCUUGGUGUAGUCUCUUUAAAUCAUGUCCAAACUUCUGUGGUCAUGGAAGAAAUAAUAUGCAGUCAGCUAGUCACAAAGGAGUUCAUAAAAGAACCAACACUGUCUCUCAGGCAGUGGAGGUCAAAUUAAUAAAAAGAAGUAUAAUAGACAAUGUACAUAUAUGUGAAUUUUAAGUAAAUAUUUCUGGUCUAUAUUUUGUAUGGCUUUGAGAA